GUUUCACCGUCGGGAAAAGUCACGUGACAUACGCACUGUGUACGAAAAUAAAAUUUUACCGCAUGAAAUUGUCCAAGAAAUUACGACACAUUGAGAUCAAGUGAACAAAACAAAUAAAUAGACCAUGGCAUACAACUAUGUCAUUGGUCCCGGUGGCCAGCCCAUCAUCUUGGGGCAAGUGCCCAUGGUGCCGCUGAUGCAGGUUACAGGAGCUACAACCCAGAUCCCUCAGAUGGCACCAGUCUCCGCACCACCCCAGCAAGCUCCUGGGAUGUCAGCCCCAGUUAAACCACCAGAUUAUAUGUCUGAGGAGAAACUGCAGGAAAAAGCACGCAAAUGGCAACAACUGCAGGCCAAAAGAUACAGUGAAAAGCGGAAAUUUGGCUUUAUUGAUGCACAAAAGGAUAAUAUGCCAGCAGAUCAUGUGAGAAAGAUCAUCCGAGACCAUGGUGACAUGACCAACAGAAAGUUCAGACACGACAAGAGAGUCUAUCUUGGAGCCCUGAAGUACAUGCCGCAUGCUGUUCUCAAGCUACUGGAGAAUAUGCCAAUGCCGUGGGAAAAGAUUCGAGACGUCAAGGUCCUGUACCAUCUUUCCGGGGCCAUAUCGUUUGUCAACGAGAUUCCAUGGGUUGUUGAGCCCGUCUACAUGGCCCAGUGGGGAACUAUGUGGAUCAUGAUGCGUCGUGAGAAGAGAGAUCGUCGUCACUUCAAACGCAUGCGUUUCCCCCCAUUCGAUGAUGAAGAGCCGCCACUUGACUACGCAGACAACAUUCUUGACGUUGAGCCGCUCGAGUCAAUUAAUAUGGACCUUGAUCCUGACGAGGAUAAAGUCGUCAUGGAUUGGUUCUACGACCAUCAACCGCUCGUUGAUUCAAAGUACGUGAAUGGCACCACAUACCGGCGCUGGAACCUGACAUUACCAAUGAUGUCGGUACUCUAUCGUCUUGGUAACCAGUUGUUGACAGACCUGGUCGAUGACAACUACUAUUAUUUGUUUGAUCUAAAGUCGUUCUUCACAGCAAAGGCUCUCAACAUGGCGAUACCGGGAGGUCCAAAGUUUGAGCCUCUUGUGAAAGACAAGGAAAUGCAGGAUGAUGAUUGGAAUGAGUUCAAUGACAUCAACAAGAUCAUCAUCCGACAGCCGAUCCGCACAGAGUACCGGAUUGCUUUCCCGUACCUUUACAACAACAUACCCUUCCAGGUUCACCUGUGUUGGUAUCACUGGCCGAACAUCGUGUUCAUCAAGACAGAGGAUCCCGAUCUGCCUGCCUUCUACUUUGAUCCUCUCAUCAACCCCAUAUCUCACAGGCUUACAAACAAGUUUGUAGAUCCACUACCAGACGAUGACGAGGAAUUUGAGCUUCCAGAAUAUGUUGCUCCGUUCCUUGCUGAGACACCACUGUACUCAGAUAACACUGCGAACGGCAUUGCCCUGCUGUGGGCACCUCGACCGUUCAACACACGCUCCGGGCGUACACGGCGGGCGAUUGAUAUACCGCUGGUGAAGAACUGGUACAGGGAGCACCCGCCAUCUGGGAUGCCAGUGAAGGUGCGAGUGUCAUACCAGAAGCUACUGAAGUACUAUGUGCUCAAUGCGCUGAAAAGCAAGCCCCCGAAGUCACAGAAGAAAAGGUACCUGUUCCGAUCUUUCAAAGCGACCAAGUUUUUCCAGACCACACAGCUGGACUGGGUGGAAGUAGGACUCCAGGUGUGUCGCCAGGGUUACAACAUGUUGAACCUGCUCAUUCACCGGAAGAACUUGAACUACCUUCAUCUGGACUACAACUUUAACUUGAAGCCCGUCAAGACGCUCACCACAAAGGAGCGUAAGAAGUCGAGAUUCGGUAACGCCUUCCACUUGUGUCGGGAGGUUUUGAGGCUGACAAAACUGAUUGUUGACAGUCAUGUCCAGUAUAGGCUGGGCAAUGUGGAUGCAUUCCAGCUGGCAGACGGUAUCCAGUAUGUGUUUUCCCACGUUGGUCAGCUGACGGGCAUGUAUCGUUACAAGUAUAAGCUGAUGAGGCAGAUCCGAAUGUGUAAGGACCUGAAACACGUCAUCUACUACAGGUUCAAUACUGGCCCUGUAGGUAAAGGUCCAGGGUGUGGUAUUUGGGCCCCAGGCUGGCGUGUUUGGCUGUUCUUUAUGAGAGGGAUCACCCCACUGCUGGAACGCUGGCUGGGAAACCUGCUGUCUCGACAGUUUGAGGGGCGUCACUCAAAGGGCGUGGCUAAGACUGUGACGAAACAGCGCGUGGAAAGUCACUAUGAUCUGGAACUCAGGGCUGCUGUGAUGCAUGACAUUCUGGACAUGAUGCCGGAGGGUAUCAAGCAGAACAAGGCGCGCACCAUCCUACAGCAUCUCAGUGAGGCAUGGCGCUGCUGGAAGGCCAACAUUCCCUGGAAGGUACCAGGUUUGCCAAUCCCGAUUGAGAACAUGAUCCUGCGUUAUGUGAAGGCGAAGGCUGACUGGUGGACAAACACCGCCCACUACAACAGGGAGAGGAUCAGGCGUGGUGCUACAGUUGACAAGACCGUGUGCAAGAAGAACCUUGGUCGCCUCACACGUCUCUAUCUGAAGGCUGAGCAGGAGAGACAGCACAACUACCUGAAGGAUGGGCCGUACAUCACUCCUGAGGAGGGCGUGGCCAUCUAUACCACAACUGUGCAUUGGCUUGAGAGCAGAAGGUUUUCUCCAAUUCCAUUCCCCCCACUGUCAUACAAGCACGACACGAAGCUGUUGAUUCUGGCUCUGGAGCGUCUGAAGGAGGCGUACAGUGUAAAAUCUCGCCUGAACCAGUCACAGCGAGAGGAGUUGGGCUUGAUUGAACAGGCGUACGACAAUCCCCACGAGGCCCUGUCCAGAAUCAAACGUCAUCUGUUGACACAGAGAGCCUUCAAAGAGACUGGUAUUGAGUUCAUGGACCUGUACAGCCAUCUGAUUCCCGUGUACGAUGUCGAACCACUGGAGAAGAUCACAGACGCUUACCUGGACCAGUAUCUGUGGUACGAGGCUGACAAGCGACGUCUCUUCCCGCCAUGGAUCAAGCCUGCUGAUCUGGAGCCUCCACCCACACUUGUGUACAAGUGGUGCCAAGGCAUCAACAACCUCCAGGAGGUCUGGGACACAGCGGAGGGAGAGUGUAAUGUGAUGAUGGAGACCAGGUUCGAGAAAAUGUACGAGAAAAUCGACUUGACCCUCCUCAACAGGCUGUUGCGUCUCAUUGUCGACCACAACAUUGCCGAUUACAUGACUGCCAAGAACAAUGUGGUCAUCAAUUAUAAGGAUAUGAACCAUACAAAUGCAUACGGCAUCAUUCGAGGUCUGCAAUUUGCCUCAUUCAUCACGCAAUACUUUGGCCUUGUGUUGGACCUGCUAGUGCUGGGCCUGAUGCGCGCGUCGGAGAUGUCCGGGCCUCCACAGAUGCCCAACCCAUUCCUGCAGUUCCAGGAUGUACAGACAGAAGCAGCACAUCCUAUACGACUCUACUCGAGAUAUGUGGAUAGGAUACACAUCUACUUCAGGUUCUCCGCUGAGGAGGCGCGUGACCUGAUCCAGCGUUACCUGACGGAGCACCCUGACCCCAACAAUGAGAACAUUGUGGGAUAUAACAACAAGAAGUGCUGGCCCCGUGACUCGCGUAUGAGGCUCAUGAAACAUGAUGUCAAUCUUGGGAGGGCUGUAUUCUGGGACAUCAAGAAUCGUCUACCGAGGUCAGUUACGACUAUCGAGUGGGAGGGCAGUUUUGUGUCCGUGUACAGCAAGGAUAACCCCAACCUCCUCUUCAACAUGUGCGGGUUUGAGUGCAGAAUCCUGCCCAAAUGUCGCACCACCCAUGAAGAGUUCACACAUAGGGAUGGCGUCUGGAACCUGCAGAAUGAGGUCACAAAGGAGCGUACAGCCCAGUGUUUCCUGCGGGUGGACGACGACUCCAUGAACAAGUUCCACAACAGAGUGAGACAGAUCCUCAUGGCCUCUGGGUCAACAACAUUCACAAAGAUUGUGAACAAGUGGAACACAGCCCUUAUCGGCCUGAUGACUUAUUUCCGGGAGGCUGUGGUGAACACCCAGGAGUUACUGGACCUGCUCGUUAAGUGCGAGAAUAAGAUCCAGACUAGAAUUAAGAUUGGUCUCAACUCGAAAAUGCCCAGCAGAUUCCCCCCGGUCGUGUUUUAUACUCCGAAGGAACUGGGAGGUCUUGGCAUGUUGUCUAUGGGUCACGUGCUGAUCCCACAGUCUGAUCUCCGCUGGUCCAAGCAGACGGACGUCGGCAUCACCCAUUUUCGGUCCGGCAUGUCACAUGACGAGGAUCAGCUGAUUCCUAACUUGUAUAGAUAUGUUAUGCCAUGGGAGAGUGAGUUUAUAGACUCACAGAGAGUGUGGGCCGAAUACGCCCUCAAGAGACAAGAGGCCAACGCACAAAACAGGCGUCUGACACUUGAAGACCUAGAUGACAGCUGGGAUCGUGGAAUUCCCAGGAUCAACACCCUCUUCCAGAAGGACAGACACACCCUGGCUUACGACAAGGGAUGGCGAGUCCGAACUGAGUUCAAGGCUUACCAGGUGUUGAAGCAGAACCCGUUCUGGUGGACCCACCAGCGUCACGACGGGAAGCUGUGGAACCUGAAUAACUACCGGACAGACAUGAUCCAGGCUCUCGGUGGAGUGGAGGGUAUCCUGGAACAUACACUCUUCAAGGGGACAUACUUUCCCACAUGGGAGGGUCUCUUCUGGGAAAAGGCCAGCGGUUUUGAGGAGUCAAUGAAGUACAAGAAGUUGACAAAUGCCCAGAGAUCUGGUCUCAAUCAGAUCCCCAACAGACGUUUCACAUUGUGGUGGUCACCAACCAUCAACAGGGCAAACGUGUACGUCGGUUUCCAAGUGCAGCUUGACUUGACGGGAAUCUUCAUGCACGGCAAGAUCCCAACGCUCAAGAUUUCCCUAAUCCAGAUAUUCCGUGCUCACUUGUGGCAGAAAAUCCAUGAGAGCGUUGUCAUGGAUCUUUGUCAGGUGUUUGAUCAAGAGUUGGACGCCCUUGAGAUUGAAACGGUCCAGAAAGAGACGAUUCAUCCCAGGAAAUCGUACAAGAUGAACAGCUCGUGUGCUGACAUUCUCCUGUUUGCUGCGUAUAAGUGGAACGUCUCCAAGCCUUCACUGCUUGCAGACUCAAAGGAUGUGAUGGACAAUGCAACCACUCAGAAAUACUGGCUGGACAUUCAGCUGCGUUGGGGCGAUUACGACAGCCACGAUAUCGAGCGCUACACUCGAGCCAAGUUCCUGGACUACACGACUGACAACAUGAGUAUCUACCCAUCGCCUACAGGUGUACUGAUUGGCAUAGAUCUGGCUUACAAUCUGCACAGUGCAUAUGGCAACUGGUUCCCAGGCUCCAAACCUCUGAUCCAGCAAGCCAUGGCAAAGAUAAUGAAGGCAAACCCAGCCUUGUACGUACUGAGAGAGAGGAUCAGGAAGGGUCUCCAGCUCUACUCCUCGGAGCCCACUGAGCCCUACCUGAGCUCACAGAACUACGGGGAGCUCUUCUCGAACCAAAUCAUCUGGUUUGUGGACGACACGAAUGUGUACAGAGUGACCAUUCACAAGACUUUUGAGGGUAACUUGACGACGAAGCCUAUCAAUGGAGCCAUCUUCAUCUUCAACCCGAGGACUGGACAGCUCUUCCUCAAAAUCAUCCACACGUCCGUAUGGGCUGGACAGAAACGUCUUGGACAGCUGGCAAAGUGGAAGACUGCAGAAGAAGUAGCUGCUUUGAUUCGAUCGCUGCCCGUUGAGGAACAGCCGAAACAGAUCAUCGUUACGAGGAAAGGCAUGCUUGAUCCACUCGAAGUCCACUUGCUCGAUUUCCCGAAUAUUGUUAUCAAGGGGAGUGAACUGCAGCUGCCGUUCCAAGCUUGUCUUAAGGUAGAGAAGUUUGGAGAUCUGAUCUUGAAGGCGACAGAGCCGCAGAUGGUGCUGUUUAACCUGUACGAUGACUGGCUCAAGACCAUCUCUUCAUACACUGCGUUCUCCCGUCUGAUCCUGAUCCUCCGUGCCCUGCACGUGAACAACGACCGCACCAAGAUCAUCCUGAAGCCGGACAAGACGACUGUGACAGAGGCCCACCAUAUCUGGCCCACACUGAGUGAUGAAGAGUGGAUGAAGAUUGAAGUGCAACUGAAGGACCUCAUCCUCGCGGACUACGGCAAAAAGAACAAUGUGAACGUAGCAUCCUUGACCCAGUCUGAGAUCCGUGACAUCAUUCUCGGUAUGGAGAUUUCCGCGCCUUCAGCUCAGAGACAACAGAUUGCUGAGAUCGAAAAACAGACGAAGGAACAGUCCCAGCUGACGGCAACAACGACACGAACAGUGAACAAACAUGGUGACGAGAUAAUUACGUCUACCACCAGUAACUAUGAGACUCAGACCUACGCGUCCAAGACGGAAUGGCGUGUAAGAGCGAUUUCCGCAACCAACCUGCAUCUGCGUACAAAUCAUAUCUACGUUUCGUCAGACGAUAUCAAAGAGACUGGCUACACUUACAUUCUGCCGAAGAAUGUUCUUAAGAAGUUUAUCAUCAUUUCUGAUCUGCGCGCCCAGAUCUCUGGGUACUUAUAUGGAGUUAGUCCCCCCGAUAACCCACAGGUGAAGGAAAUUCGGUGUAUCGUGAUGCCUCCACAGUGGGGAACGCACCAGACAGUCCAUCUACCGAAUAUUCUGCCAGAGCACGAAUAUCUUAAGGAGAUGGAGCCCCUUGGUUGGAUUCACACACAGCCCAAUGAGCUGCCUCAGCUGUCACCACAGGACAUCACAACUCAUGCCCGAAUAAUGCAGGACAACCAGCACUGGGAUGGGGAGAAGACAGUAAUCAUCACUUGCAGUUUCACGCCUGGAUCCUGUUCUCUUACGGCCUAUAAGCUAACCCCAAGUGGGUACGACUGGGGUCGCCAGAACACAGACACGGGCAACAACCCCAAGGGCUACCUGCCGUCCCACUACGAGCGAGUCCAGAUGCUGCUGUCGGACAGGUUCCUGGGAUUCUUCAUGGUGCCCUCUCAGACAUCUUGGAACUACAACUUCAUGGGUGUGCGCCAUGACCCCAACAUGAAGUAUGAGCUGAUGUUAUCCAACCCCAAGGAGUUCUACCACGAGGUUCACCGCCCCUCCCACUUCCUUAACUUCUCACAGAUGGAGGAAACCGAGCUGGUCGGGGCUGACAGGGAAGAUCUCUUCUCCUAGGCAAACAUAGGGUGAACCAGGGAGGAUUUUGAUGAAGCAGGGAUUUCUUGAUGAACUAGGAAUGAUAUAAAGGGUGAACCAGGGAGGAUUUUGAUGAACUAUUUGAUGAAGCAGGGAUUUCUUGGUGAACUAGGAAUGAUAUAAAGAAAAAUUUGGUGAACCAGGGAAGAUUUUGAACUAUUUGAUCAAGUUUGGAAUUUCUUGGUGAGCUAGGAAAUAUGAGAUGAAGUGGAUGAACUGUAAAUGAUAUAGUGAACGGGGAAGUAUUUUGUGGAUUUAAAAGUGUGAUGAAUCGGGAUGCAUUUGGAAAACUUUUACUAGUACAGUGAAUUGGGAAGUAUGAAAUAACUGAAUGAUGAUUGUUUUUGAUGAACAUAGAAAUAUAUAACUAUUGCUGUGUUAUACAAACAGUGGAAAUUUAGAAAAAGCGUUUGUAUACUGUAUUGGAAACGUGUUCAGCUGUAUGCCAUUGUAGAUAAAUCAUUGUUGAUGUGUUUUCACAUGUAUGAUUGGAAAUAAUGAUCAUGUUUGAUUGUAGAUACUUGAUAUAUUAAUUUCAGUGUACCAUUUCUCCAUUUUCCAUGUUGAAAUAUAUGGUGUUUUUCACACAUGUUCUGUACUUUUUAUCAUACCACAGAUUCUAAGAUAUAUUAGGCCCGCAACAAAUGGUUUGGUUAGGGUUACAUCCUUUUCAAAAAACAGGUAGGGUAGGUGGGCUUUUUUUCUUUCUUUUUAUAAGGCUUUAUAUGAGAACAUUAUUGUCAAUUUUGGACAAAGGCAUUAAUCUUCUUUAUAGAGCUUCAAAGGUUUUAAACUGCAUUUUAAAACACACUUAAUAUAAAAUAUAUAUAAAAAUUGUAGUUUUCUUUUUACAAACUGAAUUUAAAAAUGGCUGGUAGGGUCGGCGCCUAUUUUGUAGAUAAGGUCGGGUAAACCUAACCAAAUGUGUUUUUUUAGGCCACAUCAUUCCUGAUGUUAUGUACAAUCCGCUUCCUACGAAGCAAAGAAGUGAAUUUUGUCAUAUGAACUCAAAGAGUAAUGAAAGCGCUGAAAAAAACUUGUUAUGUGAUGAUGUGGUGAUAAAAGUCUGUGUAUAAUCAUUCAACAACAUGAGACAUGUGAAACCAUCUUCACGUGUUAACCUUUUGUGCCUGUACAUUUGUAUUUCCCUGUCAAUGAAUAGAGAGCUAUAAAUUGCACAGGCAUGUUUUAUGGCAAACAGAUUUAGCAAUGUGAAAUGGCUUAAGAUACUUUCUGUCAAUAUUUUCUCUUAAUGGGUUUCAGUUAAAUUUGAAUACGGUACUUAAAGGAAAUGCACUCUAUGCUUAAACAGGAUUUCAUUUUUUUUAAUGACAUUCUCAAUAAGAGUUCAAUAGGUUUCUUUUCUGAUUAUUAAAUAAAUCAUUUUCUGCUGUAAUUGAUAUAACCUAUUAAGAGUUUCCCCUCCUCGUUUCAAAGUAACAUUCCUCUGUAGAGACGAUAAAUUGUCUUCAUUAGGAGGGACUAGCAGUAAUUGGAGAGAAAAAUGUUUCUUGUUUAAAAUAAUAGGGAUUUUAAUUGGAAUAAAUGAAGAGAUAUCUUUUCCUGGACUUAAAAAAUGAAAUUUAUGAAUGGAAAAUUUACGUCACUCAAAAAUAAUUCUUUAUACAGCAACUCCACAUGUUUUAAUUGUACACAUGUGGUGUUCAUUUACAAUUUCAGACUUUAAAAUUGUUCAUGAAAAAAAUGUAAACUUUAAUACUUUUGUAUGUAUAUGUAAAGGAUAAGAAUUUUGGGUUUCUGUUUUAUUCAUUGGAACGGGAAUGUGUACAGUUUUUAAUUUCAUCGUUUUCUGUAAGAAAAUAAAUCAUGAUCUUCAAUUCUGUUGUAGACAAAAGAUGUGCUACCUUUUGAAUAAAGCGCCAAAAAAAAGUC